AUGAAUAGGCUCGAGAUUUGCUCCUUCUCAGGCUACAAGAUCUACCCUGCCAAGGGUAAGGUGUUUGUUCGCAGCGACAGCAGAGUAAGCAUUUGGACCUUCCGCUUCAUCAACGGUAAGACCGAGUCGUACUUUUUGCAGCGUUUGAGCCCCCGUAAGAUCCGAUGGACCCAAAUCUACCGUCGUGUCAACAAGAAGGGUAUCUCUGUUGAGGUCCGUGCCAAGCGCACUCGCCGCACUGUCAAGCACGAGCGUGCCGUUGUUGGUGCCUCCUGGGAAGAAAUCCGUGCUAAGCGUACUGAGAAGCCUGAAGCUCGUGCUGCUGCCCGUCAAGCUGCCAAGGACGCUAAGAAGUCUUCCAAGCCUGCUCCUGCCAAGAAGGCUUAA